CACGACUCGACCGCUCGAAUUUCCCAUUUUUGUUUGGUUUGCGAAUGUUGUCGGACGUUAACAUAGUGACUGAUAGUGUAAACAAAUACUUCGGGGCUAUAUAUUAUAAAUACCAGGAUGAUAUCAAUGGAAGAAGAGUGUAAAAAAACUGGCGUUACGCCCUCUGACAUAGCCGCCCUACGAGGGUGGCUCAAGACUCAGCCGCAUCUACCUGAAAAGUAUAUUACAGAUUUCGAUUUGCUCCUAGCGUAUUAUUGCUGCUUCAAAAGCUCGGCGGUGGCAAAGAAAGUGUUAGACAUAAAUUUCACACUUCGUACGUUGUUCACCAAUUUGUUUCAAAACCGAGUGGUUGAUAAAUCCAUCAUCAAGACUUUAGACGUUGUAUGUGCAUUACCGCUUAAAGCAUCAUCGAUCGAUAAGCAUUAUAGAGUGAUUUAUCAUUCACUAAUCGACCACGAUGCGAAAAACUUUAUUUUCACCGACGUUAUCAGAACUGUUUUAAUGCUCGUUGAUGUCACGCAGUAUAGAGAUGGGACAGCUCCAGGGUAUUUAAUACUGAUCGACCUGAAUGGCGUCUCUCUGAGCCACAUUACUAAGCUCGACUUACAGACUGUGCAACAGAUAUUAUACUUUCUGCAGGAAGCAAUUUUGAUAAGAUUAAGAGGUGUACACUUCUUGAAUGCACCAUCGUACAUAGACAGACUAAUGAUGAUAUUGCGGCCAUUUAUAAAGAAGGAGUUGAUGAACAUGGUCUGCAUUCACAGUGCCGGAAGCAAUUCUAUUGAAAAGCUUAUCCCUGUUGAAGCAUUGCCAAUAGAGGCUGGUGGAAAGUUUAAGUCUUACGCGGAAGCCAAGAGUGAGGCGACCGAACUGUUAUUAUCAAACAAGGAGUUCUUCAUCAAUGAAAACAAGAAACGUGUGGUAGAGUCAUUAAGACCUGGAAAGCCAAAAACUAUCACGGACAUAUUCGGCGGCAUAGAAGGCUCUUUUAAAAAAUUGGAUAUAGACUAAUAUUCUACUUUGUGAUCUUUACCUUUAUAUAAACCUUAGUAACACGUGUAUUAAAUGUGAAAGUGUAUUAGAUAAUUUGUCAUUCGCAACGGAUAGAUGUGAUAUCUUGCAAAGAGAUAGUUUAGGAACCGGAAAAUGAAAAAGGCUUCUAGCUACAUGUAUCGUCGGUAAUUAAGAAAGAAAGUUGGUAUUACGGUAGGCAUAAUUGGAAUACUGAAUACAUAGAAUAUUAUGUAUAAUUCUAAAUUUAAUUGAUUUCUUUAUAUUGGUUCUAAGCUGGGAAUUAUAGGAAUAUAGUAACGACAGAUCUAUUUAUGAAAUAAAUCACGAAGGCACUUCUGAUUAAAUUGCUAGUAGCUUCAAUAACUAAACGGCCUUAGGGUUAUCUAUAAAAUUACAAAAAGUCAAAUUCAGUGAUCAGAGUCAGUUCAGCAUGCCAGUGAAUGUUCAAAUCCUUUUCACUGAUUAUAUCAGCGAAAAAUAUUAUGAUAGAUAAACUGACUCAACAGGGCUGGCCUGGAGAUUAAGUGGAUAUAUUUCACACACAUCAAGCUAUGGUCAACAAACGAGCAUUUUUAAAAAUCUACUUUAAUUGCAAAAAUAUGAAUAAAGCUAAAACAGCACAAGGAGUGCCCCUUGCCACUCUGGCGCAUAGAGCGAUUGCACGAGGUAGAGCGAGAUUUAUCCCAGCCUGAGGUAGGAUUCGGCGGCGCUUCACAUAUAAGUAAAUAACGACAUAUAUUGUAACAUAUUACUGAUACUUUAAGCGCAGCGAGAACAUAAAAUGAAUUAAUCUAUGCAUUAAUAGAUAUUACGUAGUAUAACACAAAGUCGUUUUCCUCGUAUGUCUGGUUAUCCGCUAACACCUCCUUUUUAUGCAGCUUCACUAUCGUUUAGAAAAAUUUUCACAUAUACUUUAUGUAUUGUAUAAUAAAGCCUAAUGCAGUUUCUUUGUAAGUAGAAAAUAAGAAUACUCUGUAACUAAGACGGCGAAAAUUAAAUUUACAUGGCAGUAACUUCACUCUUUUUUCAUUGGAGACCAUUCUCUUUGGAUACUUCAUGCGGUGUAACAUCUGCGCACGCAACUCUUGUUUCAUGCGGAAAUUUACUCUUAUUUCUUAUUAAAAAUAUAAUUCAAUUAACUUCCUCCGAACAAAUAUUACAUAAACCUAUGAUAGCUUAUUUAAUCUUUCCUGUCUUAAAAAUUUCAUUCACAUAUACUUUUUAGUUUAUAAAUUAUAUUUUAAGUAUUGGAAAAAAUAGGGUUUAAAUAAAUGUCAACUAAUAAAAUAGCAGGCCAUGCUUCUUAUUCUUUUUUUUAUUAUUUAGAAGCACAAUUAGGACAGCAAAAAAUAAUUUAAAAAAAGCCCAAAUCUGCAGUUUUUUUACGCGGAAAUCCAAACCAACUUUUUAUAAUGAUCAAAAACAUAUAGGUAUGGACAGUUAUUCAAAGUUGUUACUAUAAACUAAAAAUUAGCA